AUGUGGUUGGUAGUACCAACGUUUGAUCCGAGCGUGAAAGAAUUGACAUCUGUUCAAUUCAUAGGCAGAAUCGAGCAACUACGCCAAGCAUAUGGUUGGGGAGACAAACUAUUGUUGUUUGCUGUAAGCACAAAACUGCAAGGUUGCGCGAACCUCUGGUUGGACUCUGCGCCAGAAGUGUAUACAAGUUGGACAAAGUUUGUGACUGAUUUCUUAUUUGAAUUUCCAUCAACAAUAAACACGGCCGAGAUUCACAUGAAAUUAAUGAGUAUGCGCCGCAAUAUGAGUGAAACGCCAGAAACUUUUUACUAUCGUGCUCUAGCUGUGGGCAGACAGGGUGGGUUAGCUGAUCAAUCAAUCAUUAAAUAUGUGCUAAAUGGAAUUAACGAUUUGGACAUGAAACGUUCCCUGUCGGUAAAGACAUAUGCAUGUGCUAAUGAAUUGUUGAGAGCAAUCCAAAAUUAUUGUAUGUUUAACUCGUACAAAAACAAUGUGUCGGUAAAACACGAUGUACCAAACGGAAAAGCUGUGCUGCAGCCGCUGAAAAAUAAAGACAUUAAAGACAAUUCGAAUAUUGUGUGUUACAAUUGCCGCAAAACGGGUCAUAUCUCGCGAAAUUGUGCUGAGCCACAAAAACGAGCGAAGUGCGAAAAAUGCAAUAAAUAUGGACAUGAUGCGCAAAACUGCAAAGUUUCGGCAAUUUCACAAAAAUCAAAGUGCAACUCGAUCGAAGAAAAUAAAGAAAAAUUAUAUAUGAAAAACGUUGAAGUGAAUAGCAUUGUGGCAGAAGCGUUAAUAGACUCAGGUAGUGCUCGCUCGCUAGUUAGAAGAAAGUUCGCUAAUCAAUUGCAAGAAAAUCUGAAGGAAAAAUGCUUUGUGCGUUUAAAAGGUUUCGCUGGUAGUGAAUGUGAAUGUUUCGAACAGAUCAAAGCAAAUAUCGCGAUCGACAAUGUGUGUGUUGACGUGAAAUUGCUUAUUGUAGACGAUGAUAAACUUGAAUAUAAUGUAUUAAUAGGCAGAGACGUACUCUGUUCAAACGGAAAUCUAUUUGUAAUUGACGGUGAAGAUUGUUGGAUGCAAUCUAAGAUAAAUAUAAUUGAGAGCGUAUUUGAUGAAAAUCAUAACGAAAAGUUAAGUAAUGUGCUAAAAACGUAUGAUGGUCGAUUUAAUACUCUCGGUAAAACUAAAAUCACCAAAAUUAAUAUUAAGCUCGAUAACUACAAUCCGAUAAAAAUGAAACCCUACAGAUGGCCCUUCGCGAAAAGACCAAUCUUGGAUUAA